UCCGCGGCCCUGACCGGCGGGCGUUCUUUCCAGGGGUUAUGGGAGGGCUUUGGCUUUCGGGAUGGUGGUGCAUCUCCCUGGGUGGCUGGCGUUGGAGCCGCGCUGGGGCGUCGACCGGGGCUGUAGAGAAGGUAGAGGCGUUUCUUAGGCCGGCGUGGAGUGGGCGGAGGCGUCUCGGGACGUGGACGCGCCUGACCCGGGGUCCGGCGGACCCACCUCGGAGGCCGAAGAGCACGAGCCGCUUCCAGCGCGCGCAGGACGAGGACUGGAGGCGUCGGAACCGCACGGUGCUCACGUACGUGGCAGCCGCGGCGGUUGGCAUGCUGGGGGCGUCCUACGCCGCCGUGCCGCUCUACCGGCUCUACUGCCAGACUACUGGGCUUGGAGGAUCAGCAGUAGCAGGUCAUGCAUCAGACCAGAUCGAAAACAUGAUUCCUGUUAAAGAUCGAAUCAUUAAGGUUACCUUUAAUGCAGAUGUGCAUGCAAGUCUCCAGUGGAACUUCAGGCCUCAGCAGACGGAGAUAUAUGUGGUACCAGGAGAGACUGCACUGGCAUUUUAUAAAGCUAAGAAUCCUACUGACAAACCAGUAAUUGGAAUUUCUACAUAUAAUGUUGUACCAUUUGAAGCUGGACAGUAUUUCAAUAAAAUACAGUGCUUCUGUUUUGAAGAACAAAGGCUCAAUCCACAAGAAGAAGUAGAUAUGCCUGUGUUUUUCUACAUUGAUCCUGAAUUUGCAGAAGAUCCAAGAAUGGUGAACGUUGAUCUCAUCACCCUUUCUUACACUUUUUUUGAAGCCAAGGAAGGGCACAAGUUGCCAGUUCCAGGCUAUAAUUGAAGUGGCUUUGAAGACCUGCUUCAGAUUUGUGAUUUUUGAAAAAUCAUGUAUUCUGCUUUCUCAGAAGAGAAAUAUUCUACAGUAAUGUGAAUGGAACCUUGUAUUUUAAAUGGUGGUUAUACUUUUCUUUUUCAACAGCUUAAUUUACCCCACUUAAUACUGAGAGAACAGGUUUAGCUUUUAAUUGCAAGAAGCCCACGUGAAGAACAUGUGACUGCGAGGUGUUACAGUACUAGGAAGUGCUUUAGGGGCCAGACAGAUGGCUGAGUAGGUAAAAGGGCUUGCCACAUAGGCCUGACAACUUGAGUUCAGAUCUCCAGAACCCACCUUAAAAAAGGUGGAUGCAGUAGCGCUCAUCUGCAGCCCCACAGCUCCUGUGACAAAAUGGGAGGCUGAGUCAGAACUGCCUUGUCUAGAACAUGCCGCGGCAUGGAGCAGAAAUAAGAGAAAUCCUGCUUCAGAAUAUGGUGAAAGGCGAGAACAGGUGCCAGAAAGCUGUCUUGCCUCGCAUGCAUGCUGUGGCACGGGUGCCCGCAUGUCCACACACAUCACACACCACUUUAAUGAUUAGCUUCUCUAGUUCCCUUCUAAGUUAUUAGCCCUUCAUGCCUUCUAACAGUGAAUAUGAAAUCUAAAACAAGAAAUUUUGCCCAAAUUUAUUUGUUUAAGGUCAUAAGCCAGAACUUAUUUCCAAGCUAGUUGGCUGCUGUUUUCCUUCAGUAUGAAUUGACACUAAUUUUUUUUUUACAUUUAUUUUGUGUGUGUGUCGGGGCGGGGGGUUGAGGGCAUGCAUGCUACAGUAUGUGUAGAGGUCAGUGGAUAACCUGGGAGAGUCACUUCUCUCCUUCCAUCAUGUGGGUCCCAGGACUCUACUCAGGAUGUCAGACUUGUUGGCAAGCACCUUUACCUAGUGAGCCAAACAAUGGCAUGCUUAAAGUGAGACUGAGCUUUAACAGCUUGCUUGAGUUUGCAUUCUAUUUCAAGGUAGACUUGUCUUUUAAGGUUGAGGACUAUUUUAUUCAGAGUACUGAAUAAUCACUUGGAAAUUAUGGUAUCAUGAAAUAAAAUGGAAUUUACCUGCUA